CUCUUCACGACUCAUCUCCCCCUCACAUAAUCACAAACAGCUCUUCCAUUUAAUUUGCUGCACCUUCAGACCAGAAUCAUGGUGAACCGCAAGCGCAAGGCCGUGGCUCUGCGUCUGGCCGAAACUCCCAGGCCCAAUCUGUCCGAAGCUGGAUCCGCCAGAGUUGCUGCCGCUGGAGCCAAACGCAAGGAGCAGGAAAGAGUCAUGGCAGAACAGUCCCACAUGUCGAUGGCCCGGUUCUGGGCAUCCAAGGCCGAAAGCCUCGGGUCUCCGUUCCAGUCUCCGAAAGCGUCCAGAGAGGCUCGAGAGGCUCGAGAGGCUGGAAGUAUUGCAAGCCAGUUGGAACCCGGCGCGACGCUCAAGCAGGCCCCUGCCUCUGCCUCGAAGUUGCCUUACUGCGAAGGUGUCGAUAGGUCCCUUAUGAUCCCGCACGACGCCAUCGCCAAAUUCCUCCGCGAGACCCAGCAUGACUGCCCCAAGGCUCAGGCGUGGCUCAAAGCCCACGAGAUGACCAAGAUGAUGAUGAAGGGUAAAUUGCCUGCGGGGAUUGAAGGCCGCGAGGAUCUCCGAAAGCAGCUCCUGUCCAACCUGCGCUUCCGGACCCUCGUUGCGUUGAAGUCGGCCAAUGCGUCCAAAGACGAGGUGCGAGAGGUGUUGUCGAAGUUCCCCCCCGCCGAAGAAAAGACCGACGAGCCCGACGACGACAAGGAAAAUCAAGAUGACCCCAGCUAUGAUGAACCCAGCGCUCAGUUCCAGAGGGUGGUGGCGGCUCACGAGAAGCUCCAGAAUGCCAUGGCUUGGUAUGAGGAGUGGCUGAAGAGUGGCUGCCACGCGAGUGAGCACCAGGAGGAAUAG